AGAAAUUUCUUUUUCACCCCGCUCUCCCUUCUCCGCGUCUCCUUCCGUGCGGGUUCGCUGUCCGUGGUGCUGAAACCCCCAAAACGACUGUCCAUGGUGCCGAAACACCCGACCCAGUAACCACCAGAGCGGCGGAGCGGUUUGACGGGCAGUCGAGGUUGCAGCAGGCAGAGGGAGACGGUGGAAGGUAAAGCAGGGAGGCAGCAUCAUGGCGGACAGAGACAGUGGCAGUGACCACGGAGGGCCCACCGCAGGCCCCGGCUCGCUGCCUCCGGGCGCAAUGGGCGCCAUGUCCCGGCUGCAGCACGACACCGAGGAGCUCGCCUCGAAGCGCGUCGACAUCCAGAACAAGCGCUUCUACCUUGACGUGAAGCAGAAUGUUAAAGGCCGCUUCCUAAAGAUAGCCGAGGUCGGGGCUGGGGGAAACAAGAGCCGCCUCACUCUCUCCAUGUCUGUCGCCGUGGAGUUCCGCGACUAUCUCGGGGACUUUAUCGAACAUUACGCCCAGCUGGGCCCGACCAACCCGGACAUGGUGCAAGAUGAGCCCCGGCGGGCGCUCAAGAGCGAAUUCCUGGUGCGGGAGAAUCGGAAAUAUUACAUGGAUCUGAAAGAGAACCAGAGGGGGCGGUUCCUGAGGAUCCGACAGACCGUUAAUCGGGGGCCCGGAUUGGGAAGCGCGCAAGGCCAGACCAUCGCUCUGCCGGCGCAGGGUCUUAUCGAGUUCCGCGACGCUUUAGCCAAACUCAUCGACGACUACGGCGUGGACGAGGAGCCGGCGGAGCUCCCGGAGGGCACCUCGCUCACUGUCGACAACAAGCGCUUCUUCUUUGACGUGGGCUCCAAUAAGUACGGGGUGUUCAUGCGGGUGAGUGAGGUGAAGCCCACGUACCGGAACUCCAUUACGGUUCCCUGCAAAGUGUGGUCCAAAUUCGGUAACACCUUCUGUAAAUACGCGGAGGAGAUGAGGAAGAUCCAGGAGAGGAGUAGAGAGAAAAGGGCCUCGGAACUGCUACCUGAGGGCCCGCACGGCGGAGACGACGGCGACGAUGACUGACGCGGAUUUUAGGAGAGCUGACAUGAAACAACCGAGACAACGUUGGACUCUGAAGAGAAAAAAAAACAACCCAGACUUUUAACUGUAAAAUAGAAAGAGAA